CAUAAUUCGAUUAAGGUCACAUGUACGAGUUGAAUAGGAGAAGCAAUACAGGAAAUGAGAAACAUUGGUGCUCAAAAAAAUGAAGGUUCAGACUCAAGGAUUUUUGACUUAAUCCUCACCGGUCUGUCAUCCAUCUUGGUCUUGGUAACGUUGCCUUUUUCGCUUUUCGUGUGUAUGAAGGUGGUUCAAGAGUACGAGCGAGCUGUGGUAUUUCGUUUGGGACGCUUGGUUAAAGGCGGAUCAAAAGGCCCUGGCAUCUUUUUCAUCUUGCCGUGUAUCGAGAACUACACAAAAGUGGAUUUACGUACCAUAACCUUUGAUAUUCCUCCCCAGGAGGUGUUGACGAAAGACUCGGUCACUAUCUCGGUUGAUGCUGUUGUUUACUACCGGGUUCAAAACGCUCCAGUGUCCAUAGCUAAGGUGGAGAAUGCUCAUCAAAGCACUCGACUACUGGCCCAGACCACUCUCCGGAACAUUUUGGGAACACGUGAUCUUCACCAGAUUCUUGCUGAACGUGAGCAUAUUUCCAACUCCAUGCAGACUGUUCUUGACGAAUGCACCGACGCCUGGGGUAUUAAGGUAGAACGUGUAGAAGUUAAAGAUGUACGUUUACCACAUCAACUUCAACGUGCCAUGGCUGCAGAAGCGGAAGCUGCCCGUGAAGCACGUGCUAAGGUAAUUGCUGCUGAAGGAGAGCAUAAAUCGUCCCAAGCAUUGAAAGAGGCAGCUGAUAUAAUUUCCCAAUCACCGGCGGCUAUACAACUUCGUUACCUGUCUACUUUGAACAGCAUCGCGGCCGAAAAAAAUUCUACCAUCAUAUUCCCGCUACCCAUUGAUUUUCUCAGCGAGUUGGUCCACGCGAAGGACAACUGAGCCAUUUUUAACCCAUUUCUAUCCAUCCCAGAUUCAACUGCUGAUCACAGAAUUGUUCUUGUUAAAGCUCUGACCAGUCAGCGGAUAGUGGUGGUAUUCUAAGUGUUCUUUCUGUCUCUAUUUGUAGUUAUGCAUAUAACGUACAAUAUUCCUCGUGGUGUGCUUAUCAGAAUUAAUUGGAUUGAUCAGCACACGGUACAGUAUAUGACCGACUAAACACACCGGUUAUGUCUCAGAAUUUCUUAUUUAAAACUUAAUAUCCUAUUUAAACAAUACAUACAAUUCUACUUUCAUUUCAGUUCACGGUAGUUUCACAAUAAUACAGCCAGCACU